AUGUUAUAUAUACCUCUAAUUUUAACCAUAUUAUUGAAGCCAUUAAUUUGUGUUAGUUUUAGCAAUAGUUUUGAUUUUACACGUUGGAACGGUAGCAAUCUACGUCUGUUGGUUAAAAAACGCGAUAAAUCACCAAAUUCCUUGGUUUCAAAAGAAGAGUUUGUGGAAACUGCCAAUACACUUGGUCUUCCACAGAAAUACAUAUUAGAAGAGGCGGAAGGGAUCAUAGAACAGAAAUUCAAACGGAUAUCUGAUCCUAAACAACUGGUUCAGAAACCAUUAAAGAAAAGGUUAUUAAAAUUCAAAGAUUUAUUGCCAGAGGCAGGCAAAAUCUACCCCCUUACUGAAUGUAUUGAUAGAUUAAAGACAAUUUCAAAGGUAAAUUUUGUAGAGGGCGUGGAUAUAGUACUUAGGUUUGUCUUAAAACCAGGAAAGGCUAAAAAUAGAGCGGGAAGCUUCUCAAGAUUAAUCACACUACCCUACAAAUCACUCAAAUCUAAAAGGACCAAAAUUGCUAUAUUUGCUCCUGAGGACGUGGUGCAAAGGUACAAUUUUGAAGGGGCAGAUUUUGUCGGAGAUACAGCACUAAUUGACAAAUUUAAGCUUGAAAAACGACCAAACAUUGACGUACUGAUAACGUCUAUAGACGUUGUACAUAAAUUGGCUAGUGUAGGCAAAAGGCUUGGGUCUAAGAAAUUGAUGCCAUCUGAAUCAUCUGGUACAUUGUGUAACGGAUGGCUUGAGGUUGAAGAGAGACUCAAAUUGUUUCGUGAAUUUAACACUUUUACACUUUGUGCUGAAACUACAGGCGAUAUAAAGUGUAACAUUGCCGACCUGUCGAUGAGUACAGAUGAGAUAAGAAGUAAUAUAUUGGCAUUAAUUAAAAACUUGAAAGCUAAUAAACCCCCAUAUGCUUCAAAAAAAUUCAUCCGCAAAGCAAUAAUAUCAUCCAGUAUGGGACCCUCAUACCGUUUAAGUUUGAAAGAGAUAGGAGCUAUCAAUUAG